AUGGCUGCCAAGGUCUACGUCGGAAACCUGUCGUGGAACACCUCGGACGAUGGUCUCGCCCACGCCUUCUCUGCCUACGGACAGCUCACCGACUACAUCGUCAUGAAGGACCGUGAGACUGGUCGCUCUCGUGGAUUCGGCUUCGUCACCUACGGUACUCAGCAGGAAGCCGAUGCCGCCAUUGCUGCUCUCAACGAGCAAGAGCUCGACGGCCGACGCAUCCGAGUCAACAUGGCCAACUCCCGACCUCCCGCUGGGUGA